AAUGUAACUGUUUAUGCUAUUAAACAAAUAUAUCCUCCUUAAGUUGACUUCUUUAAAACCAAUACUGGGCACAACAUGACCUUAAUUAGCUGUUAAUAGGACGUUAAACAAAAUAAACCAAACCAAACCAAACUUCACGGCAGCUUUACAGGUAGAUGAUUCCAAAAUCGGUCAGGGAUGAUUAAAUUAAUGACGUAAAAGUCAUGAGACAAGUCUCACGUGAGGUUCUGCACAUGUUAUUAGUGGUCAUAUCUAAAAAUGGCACUGGCAUAUUCCCAGGUUUUCGAUGCAAGCUAGUACCGAACACUAGUUCCACUAGUCUGUGGUUAGGGUCGUCAUUCCUGUAUAUAUACGUAGGACGGAAUGGUGUUUGAGAAAGCUAUUGACAUUGUUACCAAAGCAACGGAAGAAGACAAAAAUAAGAAUUAUGAAGAAGCCUUAAAGUUAUAUGAACAUGGUGUGGAGUAUUUCCUGCAUGCCAUGAAAUAUGAAGCUCAAAGUGACAAGGCUAAAGAGAGUAUUAGAGCAAAAUGUAUGCAAUAUCUUGACCGUGCAGAGAAGUUGAAGAAAUAUGUUUAUGGUAAAAAGAAAAACCCAGUUGCUGAUGGAGGGGGCUCUACAGGGGGGAGGAAUAACAAGAAAGGAAAAGUCAGUGAUAGCGACUCUGAUGAUGAUAAAGGUGAUCCAGAGAGCAAAAAGUUCAAUGACCAAAUUUCAGGAGCAAUAGUAAUGGAGAAACCCAAUGUGAAAUGGGAUGAUGUGGCUGGGCUUCAUCAGGCUAAGGAAUCAUUAAAGGAGGCAGUCAUUUUACCUGUCAAAUUUCCUCAUCUCUUUACAGGGAAACGCAAACCAUGGAGAGGAAUUUUGUUAUUUGGGCCCCCUGGUACAGGAAAGUCCUACUUGGCAAAGGCUGUGGCUACUGAGGCUGACAAUUCAACAUUUUUCUCAGUAUCAUCUGCAGAUUUGGUGUCCAAAUGGCUCGGAGAAAGUGAGAAAUUGGUGAAAACCCUGUUUCAACAGGCAAGGGAACACAAACCCAGCAUCAUAUUUAUUGAUGAAGUAGAUGCCCUCUGCUCGUCCCGUGGGGAGGGUGAGUCGGAGUCCAGUCGUCGAAUCAAGACAGAGUUCUUGGUUCAGAUGCAGGGAGUUGGUAAUGAUAAUGACGGAAUCUUAGUGCUUGGCGCCACAAAUAUACCUUGGGUACUUGACUCGGCCAUCAGGAGAAGAUUUGAGAAGAGAAUUUACAUCCCCUUGCCGGAAGCUCCAGCAAGAAUGGCAAUGUUUAAACUUCACUUAGGUUCAACACCUCACAGCAUACAAGAGCACGAGUUUAAGCAACUCGGCGAAGGUUCAGAUGGGUAUUCGGGAGCAGAUAUAAGUAUUGUUGUACGAGAUGCUCUGAUGCAGCCUGUAAGAAAAGUACAGACAGCCACACACUUCAAGAAAGUACGAGGUCCCUCCAGAAAUGACUCUGAUGUGAUAGUCAAUGAUUUGCUGACACCUUGCUCUCCGGGUGCUCCUGGUGCCGUGGAAAUGAGCUGGAUGGAUGUACCCGGAGAAAAACUACUUGAACCUAUUGUUAGUUUGAGUGACAUGCUUAUGUCUUUGAGCACCUCAAAACCAACUGUAAAUGAAGAGGAUUUGAAGCGUCUACAAACAUUUACGGAGGACUUUGGCCAAGAAGGAUGAUUCUUUGUUGCUCGUUUCUGUUGUGAACAGUGCUGUUACAACUGUGUUAUGACUAAUAUUGUCAGGCAUGGAUUUAUACAAUUGUGCAGAAAAUGAUGAUUUGCACAAAAUAGUGCACACAUGCACGUCCUGCGUCUGUGAAAUGAUGCUGAAUGGAAUAAGAAUUUUUAGGAAGAUCUUUCAUCAUUUCAGAAGAAACUUGUCACUAGAAUAUAUUAGGUCAUGCUUGAUACUAAUGAAGUUGGCCGUGGUUCAUAAGUUACAAUCAUAACCAUAUCAUUAUGUAAUAUGUAUUUACGAAACGAUCUUUAUUUCUUGUGCACAAAAAAGCUGUGACAAUAGAACUUUCUUUGCUGAUGAUGUGAUAGACUAGAUGAAUCAGCUUUAUAUGUGACUUUGAGGAGAUAGAAUGGUUUCAAGAGUAUAACUGUAUGUAUACUUAUUAUCUGAAGAAUUUCUUACCUUUAUUCGAUCCAAAUAUUAAUAAUAAUUUAACAAACAUCAUCAAGGCCAUCAAUAUCACAUAGGCUACAAACAAACACAUAGUUAUUACAUUUUCUCUCUAGUUGCAGUCCCUGUAUUUUCAAAAAAAAAAUCGGAAAUUGAUUUGGAUUUUUGAUGAAAUAGAAAUAUGUAUCCUUGUUCAAAAUAUUUGUGGCACCCACCUGACAAUUGACUGAUAUUGAGUGGAACCUAGUAAAUACCGGUAAUCACUGGUUUGGGUUUUAGGAUGCAUCAUAACGAGAACUAUUUACCUGGUAUGAAAUUUCUCAAUAGGGAGAGCAUGGUUUAAAUUCAGGAAAAAGAUGUUACUAAGAAAUAUGCACGAGACUAAGGUGUGUUGUGAGUAAAUAAUGGUAAAGAAAUCUUAAUUUCUCAACAAUCUGUCCAUCUUUUCCUUUUGAACAGAGUAUGGUAAAUCCUUUAUUUCAUUUCUCCAGAAAAUUAAUGUUGACUGUCAGAGAAUACCUGUUUACAUCCAGGCCAGCUGGAAGAGUUGCUGUAAGUUAUAAUUAAACACUUGUUUUAUGAUUGUUGUAGAAAUAAAACAUACAAUGGCCAGAGUAUGAUUACAUGUUAUCCUUUCUUAAGGUGAUAUGGUAGUCCUUUUUUUUGAAAGAUUUCCCAUCCUACAAAGAUGUACACCGUCUAAAAAAGGGGAGACAAUUCUUCCUGGGUUUAGUGUACUAGAUAUAUAUAGCUUGGUACACUGGAAGUGAACAUGUUCUUCAAAAUUCUAUAUUUUAUAUUUAUUCCACACAGAGAAAAAGUUUGAGUAGAAAAUAUUAAUACUGGGUUUCUGAUAUGAAUAGCACUGUUUUACAGGAAGUAUGCCAACAACAGAAAGCCCCCAACUUUUCAUAAUAGACUAUUAAACUUGUAUCUUGUUCACCAACAUGCAAUAAUCUCCUUUUUGCAAAUUUUACUGGUUUUGUAUGUAUGUUUCAAACACAUCCUAUAGUUUACCUAUUAUGUAAUGUGAUGAUAAAUAUUUACUGUAUCUACCUGGUAAUUAUAAACUAGAAAUAUAGGCAUCUAUACAGAGCUAUAAAUGGACCUGCCUUAGAAGAGUUAAGCUGAUACUUAAUUUUCCACACUUAGUUUUACUGAGCCUUGAUCAUGAUGCUACACCAGUUUUCAAUUUCAUGUAAAAGAGCAAUCUUUCCUUUCCUCUCUCUCUCUCUCUUAUUCUUUUUGGACAUUAUCUUCCUAGUUAUAAUUACCUGUCUGAAUGUUUUGUGAGGAGGCAGUAUAUAUAUACAAAACCAGUUAAAAACGACUAUCCACAUGGCCCCAUUUUUGGAACAUUUCAUGUUAAAGAGUUUUCCUCAACUGUGGAACUUACAAUUGCUCAGCGCUUUAAAUGUUUUUCAACUUUGAAAUAUUUCCUAGAAACCGAGCCAUGUGUAUGAUAUCAACUUCUUAAGGAUUUUAUGCAAAUAAUAAAAACCAUUUGGUGUGAUCUAGCUCCUCAACCAGUCUUACUUCGAACAGUUUUAUGAUGCUAGAUUUGAUGGAUAUGUAAAAUCUAUAACUUCUUUCAAUUUUUCUUUACUGAAGACACUGAUUUACAAAUUGUUUUCUUGUCUUUUUAUAUCUGUCAAAGAGGCCCAAGUGCACAUAUUACCAGUUAUAAUGCACUUGAACAGAGAAGUUAUCUUGUGAGCAAGGAUCGAGUGCAAAUCAUUUGAGUGAGAUAUUUAUGGGUUGCAUAUUUUACUUCUCAACUCGCACAAAAAUAAAUAAAAACAAUGUGACAACAUCCCACGUAAUUUUAUAAAUCACCAAAUUGUGUAUCAUGAGCUGAAAGUUCUAAGACUUGUAGCUUUCACAUGGACUUGGCACAAAUCCCCGAGCAAUCGGUCCAUAUGUAUGUUUUAUAGAUACUAUAAUACUAAGUCCCUGUGUAUAGCCGAUUUGGGAGAAAAAAUCUACCAUAUGCUUUCUGCAUUAUUAUCAAACGAUUAAUAUACAGAGAACGUUUUAUGAAAGUUUCACUGAAUUGACUAUUAUGUUGUAGAACUGUAAAUAAAAUCUUAAUUCAAAUUUAUAAUACAUGGUGUACCAUUGUUUCAUUUUUUCAAAGUUAUUUCACCUUACACAAUAGCCUAACCUCUUCUUUAUUGAAACUUUCAGUCGAAACGCUGCCAUAACCCACACAACUGUACACAUUAUACCGGGGGUUAAUAGUACUAUAAAUCCAACAUUGGUAUGGGCGGAUACCCCGUGGGUAGGCCUAGUCUGGUAGAGGACUGGCAGCAUCAGAACAAUUCUCGUAUUUUUAAUCUGACAUACACUUGUAUUUAAUAUGAGGCAAUUCUAUUUAAAACCACUUUCUAUCAAAAUAUUUGGACAUCGAAAAAAUUCUUUUUCCAUGUAUGCAUAUUACUAUUUAUCUUUUAAUUUUUAAGGAAUGUAUGGGGAAUUGUUAUUAAAAAUCUUGUGAUUAGUAGGCUAUAAAUAUGACGAGUUUUCGUGUUAUUGGUUUAAAGUUUGUGAUUUGUUUUCCAUUUACACUGUUUGUACUUGUAAAAUGACAUUGAAACAUUGGAGUUCUCUGAGCCUUGCAUGUUUUUUUUACUUUCAAAUAACUAUUGGUUAAAAUAUCUGUUUGUCCAAUAUAGAAGGUCAGAAGAUAUGCAUGCCAAAUUGCAUGAUUGUACGACUUAUGACUGAAUUGUAACAAAUUUAAAUGGUUUGGAAAGUAUAACCUAGCUAGGCAAAUUGUAUACUAGCCUACAUACAUUGAGAAUGAGUCAAUGUGAGUUUAUUAACUUGUAUUGUAAAAUAGUGUAUUUAAGAAAUGUACAUGCCUGUUUUUGAAGAAGACUUGUAGAUAUUAAAAUCAAUAUAACAGUUGGAAA